UUCAAUGUCGGCCGAUGCAUCAUUAGACGUCGCGGCGGCGCGCCGAUUCGAUCUUUCGUUUCGAGUCAGAGAAGCGUGAGUGAGAAGCGGUGAAUGAGAGAAAAUACAUUUUAAUAUAUUUAAGAUCGUCGACCGGGUAAUCAGCGAGACGGGUCACUCGAUAUGGAUUUGCUGCUACUGUUCCUAGCGUCGUCUGCGGUUCUCGUUCAAGGGUACGGGAAAAGCAACGACCCGAACGACGAGCCGUUUCUACCGAUAUACCCGGUGUACCCUUACAGCCCUAAAUUAAUUAAAAGAGGGACGGAGAAGGAGGCCGUGGCGCAAUUAUCCGCGGAAUUAUACGCGCCGAAAGUCGACGCCAAGGACUCGUACAGCGCGAGCUACAGCGCCCGAGAUUCUUACUACCCUAAUUACAACUCGUACUCCAAACUCCCCUCCUCGCCUCCUUACGCUUUCUACGGAUCUCUUCCGUACCCGAACGAUCCUUACACGACCCCCUACAAUCCUUACUCGUACCCAGUUCCUUCACCCUCUUACUCACCUCCUAUCCCCUACUCCUCCUCCUACCCCAAUUAUUACUACCAAUCCCCCUAUUAUUAUCCCAAUUACUAUAACCAGCCUCUGUUCCCACCGCCCCCGUUGCCACCGCCUGUCGCCGAUUACGCAGACGGUGGAUACCCCGAGUCGGACGCCAAGGAGAGGAAGCACGGCGAGGACAAGAGUUACAGGGGCAAGGACCACCACCAGUUCGUCGACGGGGCCAAUUAUAUAUCCGCUGGUUCGAAGGAUCUCGACGGCCAACCGACGACCGCGUACAAAGCGAGCGGCGUCCAGCAGAAUCAGCUGGAACAAACGAGCAACGUGCAGCAUCUCCCUAUCCCGUUGCCGAAAACGACGUACAGGGUGAUCAGCGUCGGUGGGCAACCGGUGGGCCCCGAUUAUCCAUUGCCAGCGUCCUACGCGAAAGCUCAGCAACUGGAGGAGCUCGCGACGACGAGGGGUCACCACGAUUGGGUGAAGGUGUUGGCGAAGAAUUUGAGGACCGAUUACGGCGGAGUACUCGACUCGAAAAAUGACGACAAUCAGAACGACGAAGGGAAGGAAACGAGAUACGUCCCCGUCUCGAACGCGAUCGCAAACACUGGCCUCGCUUACGUGGUGAAUCCUAGCGUUCUUAGGAAGGUGAACGUCGGGCAAAGGAACGUUGGGCGGAUCGUUGGAAAGACUCGGUUGAAGAAGGAGCAAGGCGAAUCGAACGAGUUCGACAAUUACGAGAGCUCGGCUUCGCAGGAUAAUCAGGAUUACGACACCGCUUCGAGCCAGACCAGCGACACCAAACAGCAAAAUUACGACGAGGAUCAGCCUUAUCGGAAUCAAAAUUACGUUACGCAAACGCCUUCGUAUAGCGGUUAUCAGUAUACAAGUUACGGCCAACCGCAGACGAUCACUCAGAGGCAAACGCAGCAGUACAAAAGUAAUCUAGAUAACGUGAGUUUUGGCGCCAAGACGAAAAAGGCGUGAUGUAUUUUCGGAUAUACCAUACGGUACAAUUGUGGUUUCUAUUUUUUUUUUGUACUCUUAGUUGAAUAAGAUUAACGUUGUUACCUUUUUAGAGACACGUGUUAAACAAUGUUUGCGCACUUUUCUAGCAUAUCACACGAAAUACCUCUUGCAAUAUUUUAAAUGUUAUGUUUGACACGAUAUUCGUAUCUUCGUGUUCUUUUCGUUCGUUCGUCGAUCCUCUAAGCGAUGUUUAAUCUUUGACAUAUCACGACGGUGAUAUUUUUUUUGACUCGCAUCAGACUUUUACGUCCUACGCAUAUGCAAAUUCUCUAUUCAUUUUGUUACUGUUAAUAAUAAAAUAUCGUUGUUGUUUCUUA